AUGGAAGACAUAGAGAGGAUGAGGCAUCAUAGGUCACCUUAUUCUUCUCAAGGAACUGAUGAUGGCUAUAAAGAAGGUAGAAGGCAAAGGCAAAGGCACAGGAGGAAUAGGGAUGGAAUGGAUGAUGUGAAGGAGAGAUUUGUCUUGCCUUACUACGUAAGGAAAAUACAUAAUAAACUACAAAGACUCUAUCAAGAAAGUAAAAGUGUUGAUGAUUAUUACAUGGAGAUGGAAAUUUCUUUGAUCAGAGCAAACAUUGAAGAGACUAAUGAGGCUACAAUGGCUAUACUUUUGAAUGGCUUGAAUAGGAACAUUCAAGAUGUUGUAGAGCUUCAAAGUUGUAAUAACAUGGAUGAACUUAUACAUAGCGUUAUGAAAUUGGAGCAACAAUUGAAUAGGAAACAAACCUACAAGAAGACUUCAUACACUUGUUCAUCUUGGAAGGAUAAAGACACUUCCAAGAAGGAGGAUUCUUCUUUACAACAUCUUGAAAGGAAGUCUUCAAGAGGUAAUCAUACUUCUCAUACUCAACCCCCUCCCAAUAAAUCUAGUUCCAUUAAAUGUUUUAAGUGUUUGGGAAAGGAUCAUAUUGCAUCCCAAUGUCCUAACAAAAGGACCAUGAUUGUGUUGGAGAAUGGAGGGGUGAAUAGUGAUCCAUCUAAGAGUUCUCAUAGUUCCUCUAGUGAAGCAGAGGAUGAUGGUUUUCUUCCACCGAAAGAGGGAGAUCUUUUGAUGAUAAGGAGACUCAUGGGAAGCUUGUGCAAAGAUAGAAAUGAUACACAAAGAGAAAACAUUUUUCAUUAUAGAUGUUUGAUGAAUGGAAAGGUUUUUUCUCUAAUCAUUGAUGGUGGAAGUUGUUCCAAUGUUGCAAGCACUAGAUUAGUGGAGAAACUUGGUUUAAAAACCACCCCUCACCCUAAACCUUAUAAGUUCCAAUGGUUGAGUGACAAUGGCAAGUUGGUUGUGGAAAAGCAAGUGUUACUUACAUUCUCCAUUGGAAAGUAUGUUGGUGAUGUCCUUCGUGAUAUGGUUCCCAUGGAAGCCAGACAUGUGCUGCUUGGGAGACCUUGGCAAUAUGAUAGAGAUGUUGUUCAUAAUGGGGUCACCAAUCAAUAUUCUUUCUUGCAUAAGGUAAAAAGUACCCUUGAGUUGCCUCAAGGUUUUGAUACACUCUUAAAGGAGUUUGAGGAUGUCUUCCCACAAGACAUUCCCCAUGGCUUGUAUCCUUUAAGAGGAAUUGAACAUCAAAUAGAUUUUGUUUCAGGAGCUUCACUUCCUAAUAGGGCCGCCUAUAAGAGUAAUCUGAAAAUGACAAAAGAGAUCCAAAAGCAAGUUGAAGGGUUGAUGCAAAGAGGAUGGGUGAAAGAGAGCUUGAGCUCAUGUGCAAUGUCAAUCUUCCUAGUCCCCAAGAAAGAUGGCACACAGAGGAUGUGCAUAGAUUGUAGACCCAUCAACAACAUCACCGUGAGAUAUAAACAUCAUAUCCCUAGACUUGAUGAUAUGCUUCAUGGUUCUUGUGUUUUCUCCAAAAUAGACUUGAAAAGUGGUUACCAUAAAAUUAGAAUAAGAGAAUGUGAUGAAUGGAAAACCGCUGUCAAAACAAGUUUGGACUUUAUGAGUGGUUGGUCAUGCCUGUUGGCUUAA